GCGUAUGAAAACGUAUUCGUUAUCAAUUUUCUCAGGCCCAUAACCAUGGCAAAUGGAUUGCCCCAAAUAGCAUGCUGUUCCCCCUGUAAAUUAUGGAAUUUAAUAGUACUUUUUAGGGGGAGGUUCAAAUGACCCCUUAGCACCUUCUUUCUGUUCGACGUACGAAACCUACUUUAAUUGUAAGCUCUACGCGUGACCGUACUUAGAAAAUCACAUGACCGAUCAUAUGACUAUGCACCAAAACAAACCAUGGCUGAUGCAGGCGUGAGAUACCGAGACAAAGUAACGAUAGUCACGGGGGGCAGCACAGGCAUUGGAAAGGGGUGUGUCCAGGUGUUCGUGAAGCAUGGAUCAAAGGUGGUGUUCUGCGCCAGGGGAGAGGCUGCUGGAAAGGCUUUAGAGAGCGAAGUGAAUGCUGCGGGGCCUGGGGAGGCGACAUUCAUACGGUGUGACGUCACAAAAGAAGAUGAAAUUAAGAAUGUAAUUGACAAAACCGUGGAGAAGUAUGGCAGGAUUGACUGUCUCAUUAACAAUGCAGGACAGCAUCCGCCAAAAGCAUCGAUUGACAACUUCUCGGCUGAUGACUUCCGGCGUCUACUGGAUACAAAUCUUGUUAGUUACUUCCUGUUUGCCAAGUUUGCUUUGCCGCACCUGAGAAAGACUGAGGGCAACAUCAUAAACGACUCUAGUUUAGUGGGCAAGAUCGGGCAGCCGGGGGCUGUGACGUAUGUGGCCACGAAGGGUGGAAUCACGGCAUUUACGAAGGCUCUAGCAAUAGACGAGGCCAAAUACAAUGUCCGAGUAAAUGGGUUUUCUCCUGGUAAUGUGUGGACACCAAUGUGGGAAAACGAAGUAAACGAAUAUAGCGAUCCAGAGGCCGCCAAGAAAAGCGGGGCGGAUUGUCAGCUUUCAGGAAGAUAUGGUACUAUUGAGGAGGCCGGACUUUUAUGCCUGUUUCUGGCGGCAGACGCCACGUUUUGCACGGGAAUUGACGUCAACUUGUCUGGUGGCGCUGAACUCAAUUAUGGCGUCAAAAACAUGCGCCUCACAGACGCAAAAUAGAUUACAUUUGUAUUGACAAACCUCAAGAUCAAUCGUGCAAUAGAUGCAGCAAUAGCAUUUAGUUUUAUUAUAAUGGUGGUAUUUUUACAUAUUAUAUAGUAUAUUGAUACAUGUAUGUAUUUCAUAAUAUAUGACGCAUGUAUUAUAAUCAUUAAAAUAUUUACAAUUCGUUUGAUUUAAAAAUAAAAUUGUUUGUACUUGUGGCGUGCACGUCGGCAUAUACAGACAUCCACUGGCAGUCUAUAUGGCUGAUGCAUGAAAUUGUAAAGAACUGUUUCCAUCGACUAUAAUCUGUAAAUGAUAUAUUUAUCAAGAUUCGUACGUAUAUUAAUUGUUCACAUUCUUGAGGAAAUGGCUAUAUCAUUUCAAUAUAUAAAGAUAUGGAAGGCUAAAACAAUAAUGAUAAGAAUAAACCUCGUUUCCAGAGGCCCCACGUUCUCAAUCGCGCAUGUCAUUAGUCACACGCCUAACUUGCUCGGGAGACAUCAAUUAUAUUUUUAUUUCCUGGUUCUUUAAAUGUCAAGAGCAUAAAAUAUGAAUAGACAAAUGUAUAGAAUUGAUGGAUAAUGCAUUCAGUGGUAGAAUUUCUGUCUAGUUCUCCUCCUCGGACGAUUCAGUCAGUCAUCGUUCUGUAACCGGGAGUUGACCGCAUUUCAAACCAAGGACUAUGAAUAAGAACUGCCGGACAGUUUCGAACCCAUGACUUCUUGUUUCACUCAGUUUAUUCUGACUGUAAACCAGAAAUGUGUUAUGUAAACAAAAGGGACACAGUGUGUGCUUUGUUUUUGUGUUCAAUAUAAAGUACACAUGAACCAGUGGAUUGUUUUUGUUCUGUAUAUGGAAUUCCAUAACAGUCUUUAUGUAUGCAUUUAUUUCAUUAAUGUCCGUUUUACGUUUCCGGACGAUUAUUUAGCUUUGAUUAGUAAUUAAAAGCACAGGAUUGUUAUUUUUAGGAACCCCGCCAUAUGGCGCGUGCCCCGUCCGUUAGCUCUUUCUAUAAUCCAAUUAAAAUUAGAUCCUGUCAUCCGCUCACCUAUGAUCGCUACACGUGUACCGAUCAUAGGUGAACGGAUCAAAGGAGAUUGACUCUGUCUUUGGCCAAUCUGCAAUCCUCGGAUAAUUCCACCAGGCUUCACUGUGCGAGGUAUGAGCCACGUGGGAAUCUCCGAGUGUGCCAUAACACGCCACGAGUCGACUUGGAACCCGUUGUUGGGAAGACCCCUUUCAAUUUGAAAUCUGUGUUUAUCGGCUUUGUCUUUACAGGACUUAGACGAAUUUUUUGAUAUUGGUAUGAUCCUUAAUAACUUGAGAUUUUCAUAGAAUUUAAAGGUAUAUUAUCGAAUUCCAGUCAGUCAGUCAGCACUUUCUAUGACACGUUAGUUUACUUGAGAAGAAUUACAAUGAUAAAUUCUUUUAUUUGGACAAGAUAGCACCACGAGUAUCACAUGACUAGUGUACACUGUGAACCUAUAUAAAACAUUCACAGACAGAUCAAUGAAAGAAUAGAAAAUAGAUAUUAUAAAAUGAAAACAUAAACACAAGAUAUAGGGCCUACAUGUAUACAUAAUAUUAUUUAUAGUAUGGAGUGACAGUGUGUCACGUGAUUGUUGUGAUGUCCCUUUGAUGUCAUUGCACACAAUCGGAACUCCUCGAAUGUCUCGCGCACUCGACAUAGACGUCACAAUUGACAAUGCAUCAAAUUCGCUCAUGGAUGCCAUCGUAUUACAACCGAGAUCUAUGUUGAGUGCGCGAGACAUUCGAGGAGUUCCGAUUGUCAUUGCAUAUUAAAAUCAUUCAGAUUCUGAUUGAGUAAAUAUUGGUGCACAUCUCUAGAAAAAUUAAUUAGCGAUUUUCGAUGGUUCAAUACAGAAUAGUCUUCAUCAAUGUUCAGUGAAAAGUAUUCACAACACCAACCUUGACAUUGUGAAAGUCCAAGGUGUUUUUAGGCUGUACUAGACGUGUGACAGCGGUUGGGAGAACUCUUUCUAUUCAUCACCUGGCCCCUCAGAUACGAUACGAUCACUUUAUGAUCCUCACUGUUGUUCCGUACUUCGGUUCGCCUUGAGGUUUAUUGUAAUAAAGCGCGUGCGUGUAUAAAUAGCCGACUUGUUUACAACGAACAGCAUUCUGAAGGUUAAAUACGGACAAAACACAACUCCAAAAUGAAAGAAACGAACGCUCGGGGAAGGAAAUUUACCAGUGUCCCUAGGGUCCAGCGGAGAACCAACAACAGGACAGUGUCCGAAGGAGACACUGGGAAUGAGGCCACGAUGCCACCUGAAUACAGCGAGGUCUGGAUGUCUUUCAACAAUGUGCUGAGUAUCUCCACAGAAAGACUGGUACAUCGUGAUGAACGCUUUUUGAAUCACGAGGGAAACAAAAACUCCGCCCACAUGUAACCAGAAGUCACGUGAUCCAUUCAGGCUAACCAAACUAUGGGACACCGGUGAAGGAAAUAUUAUUAUUCCGUGUCCGAGAGUUUGGUUCUUGUAAUAAUUUGUGUAAAUCUUAUCAACUGCGUGUGAUGAGUUUCUGAGAGGAGGUAUUCUGCAUGACUUGAUGCUUGAUGUCACGUAAAGGACAUGGAAUGACGCGAAAUGUUCGAAACCCAUUUCAUGAGUUCCGGUGGAAUUUCCUGUUGUCCACUUCAAUAACUCAUUCAAUUGUUAUGAACAACUCAUUUUUGUAAUCAUGAUGUUCAUUUUGUAUAUACCGAGUUUACGAGCAAUAAAGAUUGCUCAAAAUGUU